AUGGAAGUAUUAAAACGUAAAGCAAAUGGUAUUUCGUCUACAAAUGGACAUGGACAGAAGAAAAAGAAAAAAACAAAAAUUAUCGAAGAACAAGAUUUAGAAUCAGCUUAUUUCCAAUCAGAAAUAGCUUUUCAUUCGACUGUAACAAAAAUGAAAGUCAAUGCAUUGUUAAAUGAAGUAACAUUAAAAGAAAAUCAACGUAAUGAAAUAGAUCAAUUUAUUGAACAAAUUUCAAAUGAACUUAAAUCAAUUCCACAAGGCAAAAUUCGAGAGUUAUCAACAAUGUCUGAAUGGCUUGGAAAAUUUGAUAUAAAAAUUCCGUUGACAUUUUCAAAAAUGAAUAAACCAUUUCAAUUUAUUCCACCAACAGUUAUUGAACCAAUUGGUUCAUAUACUUAUGAUGGUUUAAUAGUUAAAUCAUCAAAUAAAAUUUCAACAAUUGUCGAUUUACUUGUGGAAAUUCCACAUAUAUGUAUUCAUAAAAAGGAUUAUCUUAAUAAUGAAUAUAUUGAAAAACGUGCUAUAUAUCUUUGUUAUUUAGCAAAAAAAUUACAAUAUCUAUUAGAAUUUUCACAUUUAAAUGAUACAACACUUAAUCAAGCUGUUUUAAUUGUAAAACCAAAUGAAACAUCAUCAUUUGCAAUUCGUAUAUUACUUGCACCAGAAAAAGAUUAUUUUAAUGAGAAACGUUUAUUACCAACAUCAAGUAAUCUACGUUGGAAUUGGUUUAAUGAUAUUAAAGACGAAAAUGAACCAUUCUAUCCAACACCAAAUUAUAAUUCAUUAGUUUUAUUUGAUUGUCGUUAUAGAGAAACAUCUGAUUAUUUAAAUAAAAUAUUUUCAUCAUCGAAUGAAUUAUUGGAAAAUGAUUUUUUAUCAUCUAAAUGUUGUGCAUUAACAGAUGAAAAAAUCGAUGAAAAUUCUUUCAUUCAAGAUGAGUGUGUUCUUAUUGAUCAAUCUGGUUUACUCAAUGUUUUUCAUACAUUAACUCGAGCUAAUUAUAAUAGAUUAAAACAUGAAGCUCGUAUAUCAUUAAAUUCUUUUAAUGAUCCAGUUAUUGAUCAUUUUCAAACUCUAUUCAUGACUACAAUGAAACCAAUCAAUAGCAUGGAUGCAAUUAUUCAAAUUUUUUCACUUGAUAAACAUGAAAAACUUCUUGAAGAAAAAUCAAAUAAAAAUCAAUUAAUUAUGGAUAAUCUUAAUAAUAAACAUUAUUUAUUAUGUCAACAAGUUAUCAGUCUACUUGAAUAUGGUUUAAAAGAGCGUAUCAGUUUACUUUGUCCUCUACCAUCAGUUACUCAACUAACAAAAACCGUAAGUUUCUUAUCUUUAUUUUUCUUACAUUUGCACACAUAA